UGAGAGGCGCUCCGCCCCGGCUCAGACACAGCACACCUUCAGACGGAGAUGAAGUAGCAGCAGCAGUCGAUCAACAGAGCAACGACAUCGUCUGUACGGCGGAUCCGGAGGUUUUUCCUCAGGGGGGACAGGUGACAGAGCAGACCGACAGAGACUCAGCCGCCUCAGCGCCCGCCGGUGGAAAUUACUGCUGUUUCACCCCCCCACCCCGCGCACUCUUCUGGUUCCCACAAUAGAUGUUUCUCAACUACAUGCAUUUCGAUCUGAUCAUCUAAGCACAGUCCAGCAAGAUGGAAAAUGCGCACACUAAAUCAGCGUCUGAAGUUUUAGACAACUUCGGCGUGAACGAGAACACUGGGCUGACUCUGGAUCAAGUCAAAGGCUUUUUUGAGAAAUAUGGACCGAACGAGCUCCCAGCUGAAGAAGGGAAGUCCCUGUGGGAGUUGGUGGUGGAGCAGUUUGAAGACCUCCUGGUCAGGAUCCUGCUGCUAGCUGCCUGUGUCUCCUUUGUGCUGGCUCUGUUUGAAGAGGGAGAGGAGACAACCACUGCCUUUGUUGAGCCAAUUGUCAUUCUUCUUAUCCUCAUUGCCAACGCUGUUAUCGGGGUCUGGCAGGAGCGGAAUGCUGAGAAUGCCAUUGAGGCUCUAAAAGAGUAUGAACCAGAGAUGGGAAAGGUGUAUCGCAUGAACCGUAAGGCUGUCCAGAGGAUCAAAGCCAGAGACAUCGUCCCAGGAGACAUAGUGGAGGUGGCAGUUGGUGACAAGGUACCUGCUGACAUCAGAGUGACCUCUAUCAAGUCCACCACUCUGCGAGUGGACCAGUCCAUCCUCACAGGGGAGUCUGUGUCCGUCAUCAAACACACUGACCCUGUUCCUGACCCGAGAGCUGUCAACCAAGACAAAAAGAACAUGCUGUUUUCUGGCACAAACAUCGCUGCAGGCCGCGCAAUUGGUGUUGUCGUUGCUACUGGUGUUGCCACAGAGAUUGGUAAAAUCCGUAAUCAAAUGGCAGCUACAGAACAAGAGAAGACGCCGCUGCAACAGAAGCUGGAUGAGUUUGGUCAGCAACUCUCCAAAGUCAUCUCCCUGAUCUGUGUGGCUGUGUGGGUCAUCAACAUUGGCCACUUCGGAGAUCCCGUCCACGGCGGCUCUUGGGUCAGAGGUGCUAUCUAUUACUUUAAGAUCGCCGUGGCCCUGGCUGUGGCCGCCAUCCCUGAAGGCUUGCCUGCUGUCAUCACCACCUGCCUGGCCCUCGGCACACGUCGCAUGGCCAAGAAGAACGCCAUUGUUCGCAGCCUGCCCUCCGUAGAGACCUUGGGCUGUACCUCUGUUAUCUGCUCCGACAAGACGGGCACCCUCACCACCAACCAGAUGUCCGUCUGCAGAAUGUUCAUUGCAGACAAGGUGGAAGGUUCAACCUGCGCCCUUCAUGAGUUCUCUAUAACUGGGUCUACAUACGCCCCUGAGGGACAAAUACUGAAAGGAGACAGACCAGUCCAGUGUGGAGACUAUGAUGGACUUGUAGAGUUGGCCACUGUGUGCUCUAUGUGCAAUGACUCUUCACUGGACUACAAUGAGGCCAAAGGGGUUUAUGAGAAGGUGGGUGAAGCCACAGAGACGGCUCUUACCACCUUGGUGGAGAAGAUGAACGUCUUCAAGACUGACCUGUCGGGCCUCAGCAAGGUGGAACGUGCCGGUUCCUGCAACUCGGUGAUCAGGCAGUUGAUGAAGAAGGAGUUCACCCUGGAGUUCUCUCGUGACCGCAAGUCCAUGUCAGUAUACUGCACCCCUGUCAAGCCGGGCUCUCACAGCAAGAUGUUUGUCAAGGGUGCUCCAGAGAGUGUGAUUGAGCGAUGUCAGUACCUGCGGGUGGGUACAGGGAAGGUGACUCUGACUCCAGGCCUGCGCGACCAGCUAACAUCUAAGAUCAGGGACUGGGGAACAGGCAGGGACACCUUGCGAUGCCUAGCACUGGCCACUCAUGACACCCCGCCACGCAAAGAGGACAUGGACUUGGAGAAUUCCAGCAAGUUUGCACAGUAUGAGAUGGGUCUCACAUUUGUUGGCUGUGUGGGCAUGCUCGACCCGCCCAGGAAGGAGGUGAUUGGCUCAGUGAAGUUGUGCAACGAGGCAGGUAUACGUGUCAUCAUGAUCACAGGAGACAACAAGGGCACAGCUGUGGCCAUCUGCAAACGAAUUGGCAUCUUCGGCGAGGAUGAGGACGUGACUGGAAAGGCCUACACAGGCAGAGAGUUUGAUGAUCUCCUGCCGGAAGCUCAGAGAGAAGCUGUCAAACGGGCACGAUGCUUUGCCCGCGUUGAGCCAGCUCACAAGUCUAAGAUCGUUGGAUACCUGCAAUCAUUCGAUGAGAUAACUGCCAUGACAGGAGAUGGUGUGAAUGAUGCCCCGGCCUUGAAGAAAGCAGAAAUUGGCAUCGCCAUGGGCUCUGGCACAGCGGUGGCCAAGUCAGCAUCUGAGAUGGUGCUGUCUGAUGAUAACUUCUCCACCAUAGUGGCUGCUGUGGAGGAGGGCAGAGCCAUUUACAACAACAUGAAACAGUUCAUCAGAUACCUCAUCUCCUCAAAUGUGGGAGAAGUGGUCUGCAUCUUCCUGACAGCCAUCCUCGGUCUUCCUGAGGCUUUGAUUCCAGUCCAGCUGCUCUGGGUUAAUCUGGUGACUGAUGGCCUGCCUGCCACCGCCCUGGGCUUUAACCCUCCAGACCUGGACAUCAUGGACAAACCUCCCCGCAAUCCAAAGGAGCCCCUCAUCUCUGGCUGGCUCUUCUUCAGAUAUCUGGCCAUCGGAGGAUAUGUGGGUCUUGGAACGGUCGGUGCUGCCACAUGGUGGUACCUGUUUGAUGAAGAAGGUCCACAAGUGUCUUUCUAUCAGUUGAGACACUUCAUGCAGUGCACUGAGAUCAACCCAAUGUUCGAGAACAUAGACUGUGAGGUGUUUGAGUCCCGCUACCCCACAACCAUGGCCCUGUCAGUGCUGGUCACUAUUGAAAUGUUCAACGCACUCAACAGUUUGUCUGAGAACCAGUCCCUGGUCAGGAUGCCUCCCUGGGUCAACAUUUGGCUGCUGGGAGCCAUCAUCCUCUCGCUCUCCCUGCACUUCUUAAUCCUCUACGUUGAACCUCUGCCUUUGAUCUUCCAGGUGACCCCCCUGCGCUGGUCCCAGUGGAUCGUGGUCCUGAAGAUAUCCUUCCCAGUCAUCCUACUGGAUGAGGCACUGAAAUAUUUAUCCAGGAACCACCUAGAAGCCUAAAUUCUCUUUAUCGCACCUUCUGUGAAAAGUUGAUGAAGAGAAGAAGUAUCGGAGGAGAUGGCAGCUGAACUAAGACCUCUCCCUCAACACACUCACACACUUAGACACACGCCUACACUCUUCCCUUUAUGAGCUAGGAACCUUUUCACUCCCCCCUCCUCAUUCCCCACUCCUGCAUGUCCGACAAACCACCACUAGCAACGAGCAGUGGCUUGCAUGAGAAAGAAAGAUGCAAGAAAGAGAGCAUGUGUGCUCCUGCGAGCAUGGCUUUGUAUGAGUGUGUGAGUCAAUGAGCAGUGUGUGUGUGUGUGUGUGUGUGUGUGUGUGUGUGUGUGAGAACAGGCAGAUAAAGGCCUGUCUUUAUAGAUGCGAGAACUAGAAACAGCCGCAGGGAAAAAAAAAAAGAUAAAACUGCACAGAGCUCUGCUUUUUAAGGAUUUCUGCUCAUUGGUUUUUUUGACUGUACAGUACAAAAAAUAGUGGUGCAGUAACUGGACUUUGGGGAGGGAAGUAAAGGAAAGACAAGGGAAAGGAGGUUGAUAAUACCGGGUGGGAGGGGAGGGGAGUGGGGCUGAAAUUAGUACAGAGACUGAAAGAGAGACUGAGAGGCCUGCCGUGGAGCAGAGACUCGUGUACAUGCUGGCAAACGAAGAGCAUCAGCGCGGUCGGCGAAACAGCUGGCCCUCAAGGCAGCAUGACCAGUGUAGAGAGCCAGCGUACCUGUGUGAGUCCACAAAAACUUUACCUGGAGGUGCUGCCCUGGCCUCUGUCACACACACACUACUGGCUCUGAAUUCCAGCCAGCUCUGCAAGAACACAGCCUUGUCAGCACAACACAAAUGUAUCUCUGGCCAGUUUGUCACAGCGCUGCUCCUUCAUCACUUUUUGUGUUUACUCUCACCACAUACAAAGUCUGUUUAUGCAGAAUUAUUCUCGCUUUCCCUGUCUUUCCUGUUCUCUCUCUGUCUCUCUUUCUCACUCUCUGUUGAGGAGGCAGCUGUGGGCCCGUGGAGGGGGCGCAGGGGAGUAGGGUCGUUAUCGGGCUCUCUAGUUCGGGUGUGGGAGAUGUCGCUCCAGCUAAAGGUGUGAAUAGCUUUACGCUGCUUGACUGCUUCCUUCAGCUCUUAAUUUGAGGAGCUGAGGUCAGCUUACAAACUUAAAUUAAAAGGUAAAUAUAAAAACAAAAAUCAAAUUAAACAAAAAUGCCAAACAUCAACCAAACCAGCAAAUUAGUAGUUGUCAGCCAGUCCAUCCAGCUGGUCCUGUUAAGCCUCACUUUAAUGUCCAUCUGCUGUGCCGCCUGAACCACAGGAUAAAGCUCUAUGACACAGUGCGCACAGCUGGAGCAUCACACUGCUGAUCUCCCUUUAAUUCAAUCAGUUAUUUACUAACUUUGCACCAGCGUUAAGGUGUGUGUGCAUACUUACUUGAAUUAAUUUGUUCUAAUUUGACUCCAUAGGCUUUUCAGUCAUUGAAUAGCGCAGGUGACGUAGUUAAAGUAAGUUAAGGAAUGACACCUACACUGCUUGACUGUCUGUCUCUUGCUCAUGAAUCAUAUAUAUAUAUAUAUAUAUAAAGCACGUUUAACGUCCAUGCCUUACACAGCCCACUGCACCUCCACAUUGGAUAUGUGGUUGAAAUGAAUGUGUUUCUGCUAACCUUUAAUUCCCCUUUUACCCCUCCCCACCACCACCACCACCACUCUCAUACACAUGUGCCCUGUCAGUGAUGUUCAUUCUGAUCACUUGAGGUCUUAAAGACUCUGAAUGUCCACCUGGUCUGAGGCAUGUUUUAUAAGAGACCUGUUUUGUUGUGCUUUGCGUGCUGCUCCUGCUCUCUCAGUGCUUUAGCGACUCACUUGGGUAUUGUUUUAUAAUGACUAAAUAGUAAUGUAUUUGACUGAAUGAACACACAGGGUUUGGAGUGUGUCUUUAAAUCUUAAUUAUGAGUUUUGUGUUGGGCCCUGGUGCUCUGUGGACUGGGUCAGCAGUGUGUUUGGUCUCUUCUUGCUUCCACAUAAGAAGGAGGAGUAUGCACAUUGAAGAAAAAAAAAACUUAGUAAAGGUGCCACAUCAAAAAUUGUAAAUAAGAUCUGCUCACUCUGUCAACUGCUUUUAAUAAAUUCAAAUAAAUUCAAUAAAGCAAUGUGUAAGUUGCAUCCAAAUGUUGCCUGGUAAAGAUAUUUGCGCAAUUUUCUUUAGAUUAACUUUGACAAACUGUGCAGAUCUUUCUUAUCCCUUUCAGAAUUGAUUUUGCCAAGCAGGACUGAUCCCCACAGUGUGACUUAGAGCAUGGUUUAGAAUCAAAGGGAAAAUCCACCCUUAAAAACUUCAGUAGUGGUUUACCUGCUCUAUGUAUGUAGUUGUAUUCAUCUGUUGUGUUGCUUGGUGAUGCUUCAGGGAUAACUAGUCAAACUUAGGUGGUGUGACAUCAUCGAAUCACGUUUCCAGCUCCACAUGCUCCCUGUGGUCAUUCUAGGAAGUGUACAGUAGGAAAUCACUCACUUAAGCAUGAAGCUGAUGAAGCAACUGAUGGGAAGCACACUAAAAAACGCAUUACCAGACACAGAAAACUCCUGAGAGGCUUUGAACAUCACAGCCUGGUGACCUGUGACAGUGAGAGAUUACUUAGUGCUGCUUUUCAUUUUAUAGCAGGACCUGGAUUUUAUCUCAUCUGAAUAAUGGCUUGAUUUUGACCGUACUUGGCAGAAAUCAUAAAUCUUUAUAAGUUUUUUUUUUCCCCACCAUGAGAAUGUGGCUCCUCUGUCCAGACCAGCAGAUCACCUGUCCCUGUCCCAGGUCUCCAUGACUCUGUAACAUGCUGGCACUCCGGCCACCAGGCACUAUAGGUCUGUAUAGCCUUGUUAUUUACUACUGAAUCCUCAACUCUGUACAGAAGAUGAGAAUAUGAUCGCAUGGAACCAUGUUACUGUAAUAAUAACCUAUACAGUAUAUAAUAUUUAAUUUUUUGAUAACUUACAUCAAUGAAACUUACCAACAACAGACUUGCAAGAAACCGUUUUUUUUUUAUUUCUCUUUGAGCACAUGGUAUCUAAGGAUCUCUUUCUUUUUUUUCCUUUCUUUUUUUUUUGUUUUUGUUACGUAGAAUAGAAAGGUUGAUUCUUCAUUGUUCCCGUUUGGUUUUUACAGUUGCUGGGGUUUUGUGUCUUUUACUGUAGGGAAAAGAAUAUGACGUUAUCAUGUUUAAGAUAGACAAGAAAAACAUUAAUCAAUGAUGAUGAUGAUGAUGAUGAUGAUCAUUUCAGUGAUGCUAUCUGGUGUGAAAAUGUUCAAGAAUUUGUGAAUGAACUGUGUCUGGUUUACACUGAGGGAUAAGCAGUGAUGAAUACUGGGUUAUGAAGUUUUAUGACUGUACAUUGAAGGGCUUGGUGUGGAUGCAGGCUCUAGAGACCCGUGACAGUUCUUUUGGGUCUGACAGCUCUUCCAGCAUGGUACUCAAAUUCCUCCACCAUGUACCUUCAAAAAAAAAAAAAAAAGAAAAGGAAAA